CUUGGUGAGGAGGCGGGAGAGGCGGAGACACCCAGUUCCAAGGUAGAAAGCAUAAAAGGUCCUGGGGCCCCCUGUGGGUGAAAGGACACGGACACGCGCCCGCCCUGUCCAGACCUCCGCCUCCUGUGCGCUCCCCGCGGCUCCGCGCUCAGCUCCUGCUCUGUCGGCAGAUAGCCAUCAGGAGGGCGGAGUCUUUGGGUCUGAACCGUUCUAGUGGACCGAUCGGCUGAUACCCAGAGCCUCCAGGAGCAGAACUCCCAGGUCCAUCGGAGCGAGCCGGGUCUCAUCAUGGAGCCCAGCGACUUUGACUCUGACGACAAAGAGCUGCUGAGCUGGGACAUUAACGACAUGAAGCUGCCCCAGAAUGUGAAGAAGACGGACUGGUUCCAGGAGUGGCCCGAUUCCUACGUGAAGCACAUCUACAGCUCGGAGGACAGGAGCGCACAGCGCCACCUGAGCAGCUGGGCCAUGCGCAACACCAACAACCACAACUCUCGCAUCCUCAAGAAGUCCUGCCUGGGCGUGGUGGUCUGCGGCCGAGACUGCUCCACCAAGGACGGGCGCAAGAUCUACCUGAGGCCCGCCAUCUGCGACAAAGCCCGGCAGAAGCAGCAGCGGAAGUGCUGUCCCAACUGCAACGGGCCCCUGAAGCUCAUCCCCUGCCGAGGCCACGGCGGCUUCCCGGUCACCAACUUCUGGAGGCACGACGGACGCUUUAUAUUCUUCCAGUCAAAGGGCCAGCACGAUCACCCAAAGCCAGAGACCAAGUUGGAAGCUGAGGCCAGAAGAGCAGUGAAGAAAGUGCACACGGCCUCUCCCUCUGUUUCCUUAAAGCGGAAGGGGAGCCCGGAGACCAAGUCUCCUCCAAGUAAAAGGCCAAAUCAAGGAAGUUUACCUUUAACUUGGUCAUUCCAGGAAGGCGUCCACUUGCCCGCUAGUCACAGUGGACAUUUAAUGGCUAACGCUCCCCAGCAGAAUGCACUGAAUGAUUGCUUGCCCUUCCCCAAGAGCUAUGGGCCAGGAGGACCCAUGGAUGCCACGGAUCUGGCGAGCCUGCCAUCCACCUUGGACUCCUCUAAGCUCUAUGAAAAGUGCAAGCUGUCUGAUGGCCGGCUCCACGGCGGCGGAGACCUGUUUCAGCCUCCAGUGCCCGCCGUCUACCCGGAUUACGACGACCUGCAGACGUGGAGUAAAAGCUCUGCUCUGGGGAGAAAUUCUCUUAAUGAGAGCUGCUGUCCGAAUUAUGCUUUUCCUCUGACCAACUGGCCGUGCGAGUUCUUUCCUCCCCAGAGCUCUUUGGAACCCUUGCCCCAGCAGAUCCCACUGGAGCCACCUGCACCCAAACCCAGCUGCCACCCUUUGUGGGCAAACCCAGGUGAUGUUUAUGAGGAGAAAAUACCUGUGGAUUUCAACGGCUACGUGCCUUCGCUCACGUACCCCGCACCUCAGGAAGACCCCUUCCUGCUCACGUACACCCCUCACCCUCACCAGCAAUACCCACUGCCGGGCAAAAGCAGCCGAUGGGAUUUCGAUGAAGAAGUGACGUGCAUGAGUUUGGAUCACUGCAACAGCGAAAUGCUUCUAAACCUCUGUCCUCUGAGAUGACUCUGAUCUUCCAUGAACCACCUUGUACUCUUAGAAAAUUUUGGAGAUGGCUGAAAGAAUUUCUUAUUUUCUAAAUGUAACUGCAGGUAAAUGGGACCCAAAAAACAAUAAGCAAGACUUCUUUGUUCUUGCAAGAAAUCUUCUUGCCUCCUCCUAUUCUCAUCCUUGACCAGGAAUGGACCUUCUUCCAGUGUGCUGUGUCAGACGCCCCUGGUCUCCUGCCACAUCGUUCUGGGCCUUCGGCACCUCAGUGGGUUGUCCUUUGGGCUUUCACUGUUGCUAACACACACCAAAUGGACAGAGACGGGAAAAGCCCAUCUACUUAUGACCCCGUCUGUGCCUUCUUGGGAACUGAAAAUGAAGGAUCAGACCCUCUUAGUUACUUUCUGGUCAGUGAGACACAAAACCCGACACCCACCACGUAAGGGAGAAGAGGUUUGCUUUGGCUCAUGUUUCAAUCCAUAGUCAGCUCGUUCUAAGGAAGAAACAACAUUAUGGAAGGCCUGGUGGAGGAGAAGCUGCUCAUGUCGUGAUGGUGGAGAAGCAGAGAAAAGCAAGGGAGGAGCUGGGGCGAGAAACAUACCCUCCUAAGCCGUGCCCACAGGGACCACCUCCCCGAGCAGACUGCGCCUCUUAACAGCAAGUCAGCCAUAAUCCCAUCCCCCCAAAGCUCCAUGUGUGACAACACGAGGCUCUUGGAGAACAUCUAGAUAUGAGCCGUGACAUUCUGCCCUUGCCCUCCCAAAGACUUAAGUGCAUCUCUUUGUGCAAAAGGCAUUAAGUUCAUGUCUAAGAAUCAGAAGUGUUAACAGUUGUAGCUUUGCUGAAAAGUCCAAAGUCUCCUCUGAGACUUCAGGCAAAUGUGUGGCUGUGAACCCCAAUAAAUAUCAAAAAGAAGUUAAA